AUGGCCACCACCCGUGCCAACGGCCACGCCAACGGCCAAGCCUCGAAACCUUCAGACGCCGCAGAGCUCCGCAGACGACUUCACCAUGAAGCCGACGUUGUAAUAGUGGGUGCAGGAGUGCUGGGGUGCGCGCUGGCGGUGGCAUUGGGGCGCCAGGGGCGUAGCGUCCUCCUCCUGGAACAGUCGCUCAAGGAGCCAGACCGCAUUGUUGGUGAACUCCUGCAGCCUGGAGGGGUCUCUGCCCUCGAGCAGCUAGGAUUGCGAGACUGCUUAGAGGAUAUUGAUGCCAUACCCACAAAUGGUUACUAUGUCACCUACCUGGGCAAGCCCGUCAAAAUCCCAUACCCCAGCCAAAGUCCCGGGGCGCCGCCACCGGAGGGCCGCUCGUUCCACCAUGGCCGGUUCGUGAUGAAGCUGCGCGAAGCUGCAGGGGCUUGUCCCAAUGUCACUAUCGUUGAGACAAAGGUUACGGACCUGAUCACCAGUUCCCAUUCCAAGCAGGUUCUUGGUGUGGAAUGCGUGACCAAGGAGUCCAAGGACUGCUAUUUCGGUCAGAUCACCGUCGUCGCGGACGGGUACGCCUCUAAGUUUCGAAAACAAUACCACCCUUAUACCCCGAAGGUUCGAUCGAAGUUCUGGGGGCUUGAGCUCAUUGAUGCGGAACUGCCGCAGCCACACUACGGCCAUGUCCUCCUAGAGCCUGAGCGCCCGCCCAUUCUCAUCUACCAGAUCGGAACUCACGAAACGCGAAUCCUCUGCGAUAUCCCCGAAAAUCUGCCCUCGGCGUCCGUCAAGAACGGAGGCGUAAAAGGUCAUCUCCGCAACGUCGUGCUCCCGUCCCUGCCCAAAUGCGUGCAGCCCUCCUUUGCUGCGGCGUUAGAUAAAGGUCAGCUGCGGUCAAUGCCGAACUCCUUCCUGCCGAGCGCGCCGAACAAGACACCGGGGUUAAUAGUGCUGGGUGAUGCGCUAAACAUGCGGCAUCCAUUAACUGGCGGAGGCAUGACUGUCGCUUUGAAUGACGUCGUCAUUCUCCGCGACUUGCUCAGCCCGGAGAAGGUGCCCAGACUAAGCGACACCAGACUCGUCCUCAAAAAGCUGUCCACCUUCCACUGGAGACGAAAGAUGGGGGCGUCUGUCAUCAACAUCCUAGCUCAGGCGCUGUACUCUCUCUUCGCUGCAGAUGACGAUAACCUCAAAGCCCUCCAACGCGGCUGCUUCCAGUAUUUCUCCAUGGGGAUGUACGAAACCCCCGUCAGCCUCCUCGGCGGCAUGCUCAAGAAACCAGAAGUCCUCUUUGCGCACUUCUUCACUGUUGCGUUCCUCUCACUGUGGAUGAUCAUCCGCGACUCCCCCCUGUACAAACUCCCGCUCGCAUUGAUCCGGUGCGCGCUUGUCUUUUGGACGGCGUGUGUUGUCAUCUUUCCUUAUAUGUUAAUUGAAGCCUUUUGUUAG